GAAAAAUAAAAGACAGUACAAAUACAAUUAGACAAACAAACAAACAAACUCUGUCUUGAUGAGAGAGCCCCAAGAUCAGCAGUCUGUACAAUACCAUAAUUUUAAACUUAACAUAGUAUCCUAAAUCCUCUCCUCUGGGAUUCUUGGUGUUUAAAAUAUAAAAGGGUAGUGAAAGAUAAAUAAUUUGAAACCAAAGUUGAAAACUUUUGAGAAGAAAUUUUAAAUCUUUUUUAAGGGUUUUUAAUGGAAGGUGAGAAGGGAUUAAUGGAAGUAGCAGCAGAUGCAGGGCCAUCUUCAUCAUCAUCAACGAAAGAUUUUGAUGUUGUGAGUAGAAUACAAGAAACUAGGCUAAAUGAUGUUACAGAGAAGCCACCGGCUGAUGAAGCUGGUACUGGUGGUGAUAAUGGUGUGGAGGAGGAGGAGGAGGAGGUGGAAGAGGAGGAGAAUACAGUCAGUGGAGUUUCUGGUGGUGGUGGUUUUGUACCUGGGCCUUUGCUCUCUCUCAAGGACCAGAUUGAUAAAGACAAGGAGGAUGAUAGCUUAAGAAGGUGGAAAGAGAAGUUGCUUGGUUGCGUUGAAAGCGACUUAAAUGGCCGAAUGGAACCUGAAGUGAAAUUUCACUCCAUAGGAAUAAUAUCCAGUGAUUUCGGGGAAAUUAUUACUCCCUUGCCUGUGGACGCAAAUCAGAGCAGCCGUGUUCUCUUUACUCUUAAAGAAGGAUCUAGAUAUCAGCUUAAGUUAGCAUUCAGUGUUUUGCACAAUAUCGUUUCUGGCCUAACAUACUCUAAUACCGUUUGGAAGAGUGGACUCCAAGUUGAUAAAAACAAAGGAAUGUUGGGUACAUUUGCUCCUCAACGAGAGCCGUAUGUGCAUACUUUGGAGGAAGAGACUACUCCAUCUGGUGUUCUGGCAAGAGGAAUUUACUCGGCGAAGCUUCGGUUUGAAGAUGAUGACAAAAGGUGUCAUAUGGAACUAAAGUAUUCGUUUAUGAUCAAAAAGAGCAGCUAACCAAAAUAUUCGGCAAAACCUAAAUUGUUGGCUUGUUAUGCAAGUUUUGUUCUUUGUCCAACGAACUGCAUAGAUUUUCAUGAACAUAUGAUAUGAUGAUGAAUACUUUUGUUUCUCUCAGCGAGUUGAUAAUUCGAUUUCGAGUUUUUUUUUUAA